AUCGACACAGGACGGCAACACCGGUCUUCAUCAUAUUACUAGGGGAGUACCACAAGGAGGCGUCCUCAGCCCGAUGCUUUUUAGCAUUUCUCUCAUAGGUCUCCUGAAAAUUCUCCCAAAAACCGUUCACGUGUCUAUAUACGCGGAUGAUAUCUGCUUCUGGACUUGCAGUAGAUCUCUGUAUAUCAACAAAGCAAGACUACAAAAAGCCAUUAACAUUACCGCACGGUACCUACACCUCCGAGGUCUGCACAUAUCGCCGGAAAAGUCAGCAGCGAUGGCAUUCACAAAAAAGCACACGGACAAAUACCCAAUUGAAAUAGACGGAAAGGAAAUUCCAUAUGUCACGCAACAUACCUUCCUGGGUGUCACUCUCGAUAGGCAGCUGACCUGGGGCCCCCAUGUAAAACGCCUUAAAAAGAAGCUCUCCUCUUUCAUCAAUAUAAUCAGGAUGAUUAGUGGAACCAAAUGGGGAUGCUCUGUCUCCGCACUCCUUGCCCUUUAUAAUGCCUUAUUUCUCGGACUUCUGCGCUACAGCCUGCCUGCUAUGCAUAACAUCUCACGUACUCUUCUAAAAGAACUCGAGAGUAUUCAAGCACAAGCUCUUCGCACAUGUUUAGGGCUUCCUAAAGGCACUUCUAAUUUGGGAUCUCUUGCGGAAGCACAAGCGAUUUCACCAGCCAUUUUAAGAACGCAAGAAACGUUAAGAGCCCAUCUUCGUCACAAAUCUCGUACAUACAAGCAUCACCUCACAAAUAUAGUAACAGAGAGACCAUCAUCUGGCUUUGCACAAGUCAUCGCACUCUUGGAGGAUUACAUCCCAACUUCUUUUGAAGCUGCGGUAAUUCCAAGCUAUCCACCAUGGAGGUACCCUCACUUAGAAAUAAGAACAAGUGUUCCGGGAAUCGCUUCGAAGAAAACAAUGCCCACCCCCGUGAUUACGCAGACAGUGCUGGAAUACAUAAACCGAACGUAUGCCUCAUUUAGACAUGUCUUCACCGACGGAUCUACAAUGACAGCAUCAUCGACCCUGGGAGCCUAUAUUCCGUCUCUGGACGCAUGCAUACAAGCAAGGUUGAGCCACGUUACGUCGUCAACAGCAUCGGAACUCGCAGCAAUUCGAGCAGCUGUUGCUCGCGUGGGAGCCGAGAGUCCUAGUUUUUGGGCCAUCUUUGUGGACUCUAAAACUGCUCUACUCACCCUCUCUACGAUGAAGAAAUGUAGCCCGAACUUGCAACUCGCACAGGAUAUUCUGGAAGCAACUCGCCAAGCUUCAUGCAAAGGGCACCAGUUUAUUAUACAGUGGAUUCCUGGUCACUCUGGUAUAACCGGAAAUGUUAUCGCUGACAGAGCCGCUCGAAACGCUCAUGAGAGCGAUAUUACUGUGUCAAUCCCGUUUUCUAAAUCAGAUGCAAAUAACUUAAUUAGAGAUAUAGGCCAAGAAAUAGCAUCUUCCCUUUGGAGAAAUCCUCAAUAUCAUUAUUCCUAUCUUUACAAUAUCGAUCCCAAACUUAGAUUUCGGGCACCUCGGGGACUACCAAGGGCAGCCGAGACGGUCCUACAUCGCUUGAGACUGAAUGUGGCAUACACCAACAGCUACCUUUAUAAAAUCGGUAGAGCUGAGUCUUCUGAUUGUGCUUCGUGCGGAGUCACCCAUAACAUCGAACAUGUAUUGUGUGAAUGCAAGGACUACAGCCGUGAAAGAGAGCUUAUGAAGACAGACCUGAGGCUACAAAAUGAACAAGACGUAAGCAUUCGUACUCUGCUUGGUCCAUGGAUCUCUGCUGCUGAGGGGUAUAAAGCUACGAAAGCUCUGCUGAAAUUUCUAGCAGCUACUCGCUUACAGAAGAAACUGUAGGGGAGUAGAUGAACAGCAAUGGCCGAUGACAA